UAGAAGAACGUUUUUUAUAACUGAACCUAGCUUUUUAUGAAUUAAAUUACAGAUGUUAACAGUAUAGAAUAACAAUGUCUGGAACUGAAGACUGGUUUUUAGAUAGCUUGAGAGGGAGGACCAAUAGUGCAGGUGCAUGGGCGGUAGCAGUGAGUACAGGAUGGACAACUUUAGUCACCGCUAUCUUUUUACUUGUUCAGGCUCCUACAGAAGGGUUGAUGGGAAUGUUGUUGACAUGUUUAUCAAGACUGACUAGUUCUGACAGUUUCUUUUAUUUGGUGAUACUCGCAGUUCUGGUUGUAUUCUGGACUAAACUACAAGCUAAAUAUGCCAGUGUCAUUCCCUGUGUUGCCAAGUCGGUGGUGUGGACGUUAGCGCAGACUUUUCGGCCGGAAAUACUGAUUUCCUUUCUUCAGUUCAUUGGUUUUGGGUUCUGCAGCAGCUGGUUGCUGCUGCAGAUUGUAGCUGCUCCCUUCUCUAAUCUGACAGCUCCCUGCAAGGAAAUUGACAGUAGCUUCUGUUACAAUAAAGUUCAUAUUUUCCUACUUUUCGCGGGAGUUUUCUCAGGACUUGUUGAAGCUAUUGUAUUCCAUUUCAAGAACGGGAACUAUACAAGUAUACCUAUCAUUGGAUUGGACAGAUUCUCUCAGUUUAAGAUUAAGCUUGACUCUAAUCUGAUGAGGCUUUGCUUAGAUUCCUUCUACACCUUGAGAGUGUAUUACCCUCUCUACCUCGUCAUAUCAGUCCUGUUCGGGGGGAUAUUCAGGCCGGCUGGACUAGGCUAUCUUGAACUGCUUUCUCCAACCCUAGUAGCUCAUUGUUGGCUGGUCGUUUUAUACGUCAAGGUACUAAGAUUCACUAUCAGUUCCUGGGUUUCUGUUAAUUUAACACAACCAGUUCAUCUAGAGCUUGCUAAUCUACUUGAAGGAGUAGGUUCCACUAACCUACUUCUCUCUACCCUACUCUUACAGAAUCUGGUGGACCAGGUGGCGGAGAAACCGGAUAUCCGACGUGAGGUUUUCUCUCUUUCUUUGCCCGGAGGUCAUCCUCACACCUGGAAUUCAAUACUUAGCCUCUGUCACAGGCACAUUGUAAGCAUGAAGGAUGAUCUGAAUUCCCUCCUCUCCCCAGCUCCCCCAGCUCCAGCUAAAGAGAUUGGUCCAAUAGAACCUCCGCCGCCGCCUCAGAUAGAACUACUUUCGCCAAACAUUCGCCGUCUUGCCCCGACGUCCGCCAGACAGGUAGUUCCUGUGCUGCCGAUCCCGCCCUCUCUACCUGGUCGUAUAAACCAGUUUUGUGAAUCUGUUCUGGACAGCUUGAAAAGACGACCUUUAGUCGGCUGGUUGGUCAAUCAGGCCCCUGAUGUUCCUUUCCGAGUUGUAUUCACACGAUCUCAGCUUGUAAUAUUCUGCGUGGAAAUUCUCUCUUUUCUAGUGAGCGCCAGUAUUAAAGAAGACAGUUCCUCUCAGGUCGGAACUUACAUUAAUCUUGAACGCUUCAUUAAACAUGGAAGGUAUGGAGUUGUUCAGAAGGAUUUACCUUAUAUUCUCACCAAUCUUCUUCUCCUAGAACAGAACAUUGAUAGGUGUAGAGGACACGGUGUUCCUUAUUACAGGAAGAAGAGUGCGGAUAUACCGGAUGUUCAUCUAAAGCACGAACUCAAGAGCGCGGUAAAAUCCGCAAUUUUUAGGAUUGUUGUUGAGUUUAAGGAACAUAUUCUCAAUGUUCCUCUUCCCGCAGAUCUUUCACAGAAGAUAAAAAACUAUCAGCAGUUCCUUGAAGCGUAGAUUUCACAAGAAUCAAGAGAACUACUCCAAGAGAUGUCGGAAAAAUAUUAAAGUCCCAUUGCCAAAGUCUAGGCUUAAUGUUUUUUUUCACAAACAUCAAGAACUGAAUUUGAUUAUAAUAUAGUUUUGAAAAACUGUGAUUGUGAAAAUGAGUUCAGAUAUUAUUUUUGAUUUUCUUAAUGUGUCAUUUUUUUACGGUCUUUUUCCAGA